GUUUCCUCAGUCUACAACUUCGUGUCGUGGCAAACGUGUCUUUUCGGUUAAGCUAGCAACGCAGUGUUGACUUGUGUGAUAGUGCCUGUUGCUGAAGCGUACAACUGCGAAGCGCUAUCGAAGGAGUGUUAUGAUAUUUGGGCCCUGUCAAGGUCUCAUCGUAGGACUCUUGAUGUGAAUUUCAUUCAAUUGGUGUGAAUGCUACCUGUGAGCAUGAUCGUCGCAUUUGCUUAUCGUUACACCUGGAAUCGCGAGAUUGUCUUCAACUCACAAAAGCUGGUUAAAAGACGGCCAAAAGUUGCUGCUUGAUAGCUGUGGAGUAUUUUCUUCAGGAGAAUAUUGCAGCUGUGGAUACUUCGGCAAAGUUGGGAGUAAGGACAUCGUUGGAUAAGAAAAAUCCAUACGGAAUUGAUUUACUGCUUGACGUACCAGAGAGAGGAUUAAGCAACACUGAAUUCCAUUUUGGCUUCAGAUAAAAUCUGAGAGAAUUUAAAUUUAAUCUGUGAUUUGAAAUUGCUGUGUUAUACCAAGAAGAGUUCUGUUAUUCAGUAAAUUUUAAUGCGUAAUGUUUUUAAAAAGUAACUCGAAAUAGCAUUGCGCGCGAAUAGUUUCAGCCUGUCGAUACUCUCUCUCUCUUUAUAUAUUGUUAUAUUUUUAUUGCAAAUAUUACAUUCUACGAACUAUAUUACUACACGUAUCGAAAGGACUUCUGAAAAAAUAACAAAUAUUAGUGAAUGUUGGAGUCGCUCAUGCUAAUAGUGGUUUAGGAAAAUCGACUGUCGAUUGCCAUAAUUCGAAUUUUUACAGACUAUCAUAUUAUUAUAAGUGUUAUUUCAUUUCCCUGACGUCAGGCCUAAAAAUUUUUAUACAACAAUAAGGCUUUAAUGUGCUAGGCGACUGUAACCGCGCGAGUAAUAGCAGUAGAUUCACAGCCAAUACACUAAAAGCAAACUCUUGUAUAGCUGAAACAGACUUCUGUUCGUGUAUCGGUGAGCUCAAGCUAAUAAAUAAUUUAACGAAUAAGUAACAAGCACUACGCAGCAGAAAACCGAGCUCGCAACAGAAAAUACUCCCAGCGCAAGAGCAACAACUGUCGUAACCUGCACAAUGAAUGCUUACGAUCAAUGGCUUGAUGAGAAGCUUAAAUUGCCCUAUCUAACGGCCGGAAGCUAUGUCUCGCCGACAGUGGCAAUCAUUCCUGAAAUCGGCCCGUUAUCCCAUCAGCAAAAGCCGGAGAAAGUUCAGAACACCGAACAACUGCUCAUGGAAUUCGAUUACGUGUACGAGAAUGUCGAGUUAACUCAUUUAACACCACCGCAAACUCCCCCUCAGGAGGUGAAAUGUAGUGCGCUGAUCGAACAGCAGCAGCAGCUCUUUCUGCCGCUGUCGUCGUCUCCUUCGGGGCAGCAACUUCAACCGGAUCUACCAACAUCUAAUGAGUACUACGGAUUUGAUACCCCCAUGGAGGGUCUACUAGUACACUCAGUACAAACUAUCAACCAGCCGUCUCAGCAGGUUGCUGCCGAAUAUCAGUUGGCAGAUAGUUUUGGUUUUCAACCAGUGGAUGAAGUUGCAGAUAUUGCUCGUAAUCUGGAACUGGUCGAUGAGAUUGUUCGCUCUCGUUCGAAAGAUCUUCCUGAUUGUAACGAUGACGACGAUUCGUGCUCCUUUUCCGAAGAUGGCUCUGUGUCCAGCUCGUGCCCAAUGAGCGACUCUAGCUCAUCCUAUUGCGGUUCUGCUUACUCACGCGAUCAGGAUGACGAGUGGAGCCCGUCGAUCAAUGGUAAGAAGAAAUCCAUCAGCAAAAUUUCGGACAAUGCAGGCGUGAGUAAAAAGCGCACCCGCCCAUAUGGACGUGGUAUUGAAGACAAAAAAUCACGUAAGAAGGAGCAAAACAAGAAUGCUGCUACUCGCUAUCGCCAGAAGAAAAAAGCCGAAAUCGAAGAGAUCCUUAUUGAAGAGCGCAAACUGAGAGAUAAGAAUGAAGAAUUAAAGGACAAAUCUGCCGACAUUGCGCGAGAAAUUCGCUAUCUCAAAAGUUUAAUGCGGGAGGUUUGCAAAGCAAAAGGCCUCAUUUAAUUGUUUUUCAGAAACUUUGUUUUCAGAUACUUAUUGUACCUUAAAUUUUAUUGAUACAUUUUUUUAAAUAAACCACUCCAUUGUAAAACAAGUAGAUUCUUAAGUGAACUCUUAGAUGGUAAGAUUUGUUGCUUUGAUUCUUCAUUCAAAAUCUAUUAACUUAAGCAGUGUCGUUUGUUUAAGAAUCUUAUUAGCCCUUAGCAUAUAUGUCAUAGUUGAUAGAUAAUUCAGACGCAACACUAAAGGUAAACAUUGCAGAUAUUCGUAGACUUUAGUGAACUAUCGUUCGAUCGCAUGCAGUUUAUUUUCAUUAAAACCAUAUUGAAAGACGACGAAUGUGCUUUUUUAAACAUACCAAUCAGACUUACCGUGAAACUAUUCUUUGUUCUUCACUGAGAGUCCUUUCGAAAGUUGAGAUUACAGCGUAUGACGUCCGUUUUUCGACGUGACCGAAGGUUUGCUGUCGUUUCCGGUUUCGCCCUGGCUCUCGCGAAACUGUGUUGGCAGGUAUCGGGAUAAUAAUAUCGAUCUUCAAUUUUGAAUUCUUUCUGUUAUGAAAGGAAUACCAAAUUCUUUGACAAGUUUGUUUUUUUUAGAAAAGUUAUUCUUCUUAACUUUCGAAAAUAAUUUUCUUAACUUGCAAACAAUUGAUAAAUUUACACUUCUUUUCAAAACCGUUUUAUUUCAUUGACUUGCCCUGCCAAUCACAGUGACUCGGACACGAUUCAACAAAGAAUGUUUGGUGGUUUGGUAUUUUUUCAAAUUUCGAUACUGCUACAUCCGAAGUUAAGAAAAUUUACCAUCUAUAAGAUCAUAAAGAUGUAAUCAGAAUUACGCGAUAUAGAUUUACUGGAUAAAAAGUGAAGACAUGUUUCAAUAAUGCUGUACAAAUGAACCCAUCGCCAAGCGAUUCGGCAUGUUUAAGCGGUCCACAGCUUGGAUCCAUGCGUUUUUAUCGUCUAAUUAAAAGGGUUA